AUGUCUCAAGAGGCCCCCGAGCACGCCAUCAAACCCAUAGACCCCACCUCCGUCCACCGCCUCACCUCGGGCCAGGUCGUCGUCGACCUCCAGACGGCCGUCAAAGAGCUCGUCGAGAACAGCUUGGACGCCGGCGCCUCGAGCAUCGAGGUUCGCUUCAAGGACUACGGCCUCAAGUCCAUAGAGGUCAUCGACAACGGCUGCGGCAUCGCGCCCGCCGACUACGACAGCAUCGCGCUGAAGCACCACACCUCAAAGCUCGCCGCGUUCGCGGACCUGUCGACCGUGCGCUCCUUCGGGUUCAGAGGCGAGGCGCUGUCCUCGCUCUGCGGGCUCAGCGCGCACGUCGCCGUCACCACCGCGACGGCCGCCGAGGCGCCAAUGGGCACCGUGCUCGAGAUCGACGCGCACGGGCGCGUCGCGAGCAAGAGCGGGAAGGCCGCGCGGCAGCGCGGGACGACGGUGGCCGUGGCGGGGCUCUUCGCGCCGCUCCCCGUGCGCCGCAGGGAGCUCGAGCGGAACGCGAAGCGCGAGUUCGGCAAGGCGCUGCACCUGCUCACCGCGUACGCGCUCGUGCCGUGCACGCGCGCGGACCGGGGCGUGCGCCUGAGCGUGUCGAACCACCCUGACGGCGGGCGGAAGACCGUGCAGAUGCGCACGGACGGGACGCCGUCGCUCAAGGCUGCCGUGUGCGCGCUGUGGGGCCCCAAGGCGCUCGAGGGCGUCGUCGAGCUCGAUAUCGCGUUUGAGGUCGAGACGGAGAAGGCGGUGCUGCGCCGGCGGGGCGCCGACGCGAGCGGCGCGUCGUCCAACGCGGUGCGCGUGCGCGGGCUCGUGUCUAGGUUCUCUGCGGGAUGCGGGAGAGCGGGCGCGGAUCGCCAGUUCUUCUUUAUUAACGGGCGGCCGUGCAGUCCGACCAAGGUCCAGAGGGCGUUCAACGAGGUGUAUAGGGGGUUUAACGCGGGACAGGCGCCGUUCGUGGUGGCGGAUUUUAUUUUGCCUACAGACUCGUGCGACGUCAACGUCAGCCCCGAUAAGCGCACGAUCCUGCUCCACAGCGAGGCGAACCUCAUCGAGGCGCUCAAAGUACGCCUCUUUCCUUCCUCUUUCCUCCCUCCCCUCUCUUCCCCACUCCCAUCCAUCCAUCCAUUCAUUCGUUCGUUUGUUUGUUUGUGUUGA